CGAGAUUGAGGGAGAUAUCGGCUUUUGUUUGGUUUCUUCGUUCUUAGCCGAAGCGCCCGCCAUUUUCACAGUGUUGUUGUACAAGAAAGGAAGCUUGUUGUUGUGAAUUUGAAGGGUUAUCGCUUUUUCGAUAGAUAUAGAUUCUGGGACUUGAAGCUCCAUGGUUCAGUUAAUGAGAUCGGAGGCUCACUGCCUCAAAAAGGUCAAGUUGGAGGUUGACGAUUCUGGUGAUGAUGAAUUCCGCAUUCUUCGCAAGCGACCUAAAUUGAACUCCUCUCACGAGUGGAGUUGUGGUGAUAAUCCUAUUUCAAUCCCGCCGGCGUCUUACAAUCCCCUUGAUGAGCCUAGCCCGUUGGGGCUGCGUCUUAAAAAGAGCCCAUCUCUUCUGGAUUUAAUUCAGAUGAGACUCUCACAAGAAGAUAAUACCAAAUUAGCGACAGCCGACAAGAAAGACCACAAGGGUGCAAAAGCUUCUGUCGCCCCCGAUGGUAAACUCAAGGCCUCGAAUUUCCCUGCUUCCAUUUUGAAAAUUGGGACUUGGGAGUAUAAGUCAAGAUAUGAAGGAGAUUUGGUGGCGAAGUGUUACUUUGCAAAGCAUAAACUUGUGUGGGAAGUUCUUGAUGGCUGUCUUAAGAAUAAGAUUGAAAUCCCGUGGUCUGAUAUCAUGGCUCUUAAGGCAAACUACCCUGAUGACGGACCAGGAACCCUUGAAGUUGUGCUGGCUCGAAGACCCUUAUUUUUUAGGGAGAUCAAUCCACAACCAAGGAAGCAUACCUUGUGGCAGGCGACAUCAGACUUUACUGGCGGACAAGCAAGCAUACAGAGACGGCAUUUUCUGCAGUGCCCACAAGGACUAUUAGGAAAGCAUUUUGAGAAGCUAAUCCAGUGUGAUCCACGCCUAAACUUCUUAAGCCAACAACCUGAUAUAGUUUUGGAUUCUCCUUAUUUUGAAUCCAAAACUGCAAUUAAUGAUCAACUUGAAUCAACUGCUUCCUUGGAUAGAAUAGGCAAAGGGCAAGCUGGUUUGUUUGAGUUGCAGGAUGUGGAAUCAGCAUCUGCAGUUCAAUCAUCUUCCUCGAAAAGUGAACACAAUCUUGUCGGCAAAGCUUUUGAAAAUGUUUUCCAGGAAAUCACUUAUCCUCCUAGCUCAGUCACGGAGCCCCAUAGAAUCAAACAGCCAAGGAAUAGAGAAUUUGACGCUUUGAAGUUUCUUAACAAUUUGGAUCAGAUCAAAGUGCCUGGACUUCACCCAUCAAUGUCAAUGAACGAUAUAGUAAACCACAUUGGAAAUUGCAUUUCAGAACAGAUGACAUCUGGCAAUCCAGCAUUUUCCAGUGACAAUGAGCAAAGCAAACUAAUCCUGGAGGAAAUUACCCAAUACUUGCUUAACGACUCUCUAGUUACUGCAGCCUCGGAUGAACAGUUUCUCAUGUCAAGGGUUAAUUCAUUGUGCUGCCUUCUGCAGAAGGAUCCUGCAACAACACAGGACACCAGUGUGAGAACUGAUAAUUCUGAUGGUAGCGGAAAAGUAGGUGAAAAGACCAACUUGGAUCUAGAGUUAUCAUGCAGAAGUACGGUUGUCGAAUCUGGGGAUGAUGAUGCUUCUGGCAGCAAGCAGGUUAGUGGCAGUGGCAUGCGCAGGAAGGAAUCAGUAGGGGAGCUACUGCUUAAUCUUCCAAGGAUAGCUUCUUUGCCACAGUUUCUUCUCCCCAUGGCAGAUGAUUCUGUUAACCAAGUUAGGUAAUGGUCUGAAUCUGAUCCCAUAGUUGGAAGCAUCAGUAAGAUGUGGUGUGUGAGAGUGAAUUUCUAUGUUUGCUGUUUGCCUGUUUCUAUCUCAACUUCAAACCCAGAGAUUCAGAGAUUGACAUUGAUGAAGAAUCCUGGCAAAAUGUAGUACUUAGCAGUUGUAGGCUUACCGGACUAGUGUGUAUAACGUAUGUAUAUGUUUGUGUCUGGAAUGUUAAAGUCCCCGUGACAGCUUUCGCCAAGUUUACAGAUAUGUACAUUCCGUAAGUGGCAAUUCUUAGGAUCGUUUUAUUUUCAUUUCAGUUGUCAAGUAAUAGUUGGGUGAAGUUCAAAUUCAUAGUGAUGACAGUAAAUCCCCUAUUGAGGAUUAAGCCUGGUUGCGAAUCACAGUCACGAUUUCAGACAUGGUUUUAGUAGUUUUUCUUCUGUUGUUUAAUAAUAAAAUAGUUAUAUUGUAAUUUA